ACUCAGUUUCAAACCAUAUAACGAAAAGAGAAUAGUGGACACUCCAAACGUCAGUCUCUUCACUUUCCUCUUUAAUGGCGUUUGACGAGAGCUUGAUGAUGAUUUCUUCUUUCACGGUCUUGGAAGAAGAUGCUGGAUUUCACCAGAUCCGAAAUUCUCUGUCGAGGCUGUCUGUUUGCACAAGCUCCGUUUACGACGAAGCCACCAAGAAUGAGCCAGAUUUGGGCGUUUUCACGUCGGAGGCUUUCGACGGAGCAGAGGCUGACGGAGAGUUUUCCGAUGGUGGAGGACGAGGAAAGGAGAACGUUCGCGAGUCUGAUUCCGACAAAGACACACCUCGGUUUUACUCUCUCCCGGUGACUCCAUCUCGCCGGAGAAGAAAACUUCAAAUUUCCGGCGAGUUAGUCGCGAAUGAGAGUAACAGAGAUGGCAUCAAGUGUAAUUUACGGAGGCAGAGGAGGGUAAUUAGGGAAAAGAAGAAAAAGGGAAUUAACGAUUACGGUAAUCAUGGGUUUAACGGAGAAAGUGACGGCGGUGGAAGAGAGGCACUAACGGUGUUAACGACGGCGAAAGGAGGAGAGAAGUCGUUGAGGAUGGGAUUAGAAGAAGUGAAGGCUUGUAGAGAUCUCGGGUUCGAAUUGGAGGCUCCGGGUCGGAUCUCUGUGUCAACCGGGUCUAAUUUUGAUACUCAGACCAGUAGUGGCGGCAACUCGCCGAUCGCCAGCUGGCGCAUCUCCAGUCCUGGCGAUGAUCCAAAAGAGGUUAAGGCGAGAUUGAAGGUGUGGGCACAAGCGGUAGCUUUAGCUUCUUCGUCACGUCAAGCUUAGCUUCUUAAGCUAUCUUUCUUUUUCUCCAUUUUAGGUUAUUAUUACUUUUGUCCUCCUACUUUCUUUUGACUUGGAUGUAGUUCGUUUUCUGAGUUUGUAAAUAAAUAUGAUAACAGCAGUUGUUUCAUGGAUCAUCAUGGUUGAUGGAGAUUGGAAAAGCUUCAGUCACUAGUGAGUAGUGCUAGUGACUAGUGAGAGCCAUUUACUUGAAUUAUUGAUUAAUAUUUUUGGCUUUUCGCGAAAAUAGAAUCGCAAUUUUUGUAAAGAAGAAACAUAAUUGCCAAACAGUAUUAAUAGAG